AUGGAGGAGGAACUGUGUGUAUUCAGCCAAACAAUAGAAGAUAACAGAGACAGGUUGGAAUUAGACAGAAACAGAGAACGAGUGGAAGCAAUGAACAGUGAAUCAAUCAUUGCUGAGCAUCGUUACAACGGGGAUAUUGAAAAAGGCACUUUUAAAACUGUAGAACAACUACACAUGGGUGAAAUGAACGUAAAAUGUAAACAUUGCAAUGCAAAAAGGUUCAAAUAUGAAACAGGAAGGGUGGCAAAUAAUUGCUGUCAUGGAGGAAAAAUAACAUUACCACCAUUAACGGAAUAUCCUGAUGUACUUCAACGUCUGCGAGAAGGGAAUGACGAAGUAUCAAGACAUUUCAGACAACAUAUACGAUCAUAUAAUGACGCGUUUGCGUUUGCAUCAUUUAAUUGUACCGUGGCAGAUAUGGGGAAUUCAGGACCAUAUGUGAUGAAAAUAACCGGGGAUGUGAGUUACAAAAUAUCUACAAGUUUAGAGACCGCAAACAAUAACCGACCGAGAUUUGGACAAAUUUACAUCUACGACGUACAAACUCAGCUAGCGCUGAGAGAAAAUGAUGCAAGAAGAGCAAAUCUGUUAGAAAUUAUUGGUAGACUGAUAAUAGAUAUCAAUCAUUAUGCAGCAAAUUUUAAAACAACGUACGAGCGAUUUGUUAAGGGAGAAAGCCUGGUGAGAUUAAACUUUAUAGCACUCAAGGAAGACGAUAGACGGCGGUACAAUGCGCCAACUUGUGGUGAGCUAGCAGCUCUGAUCGUUUCAGAUGACGGGGCAGUAUCUGAAAAUAUAGAAGUACAAGUAUUUCCAAAACAAGACCGUGCAGUUGGAUAUGUGCCGAGAUAUUCGCAUCACGUUGAUCCAAUGACUUUUCCAUUACUAUUAACGAGCGGUGAUUUAGGAUGGAGCUAUAAUAUGAAACACGUAGGAACAAACAAGAAAAUCUCUCCUGUUCAAUAUUAUGGACAUCGAUUGGCCUUACGUCGAGGCGAAGCACAGAAUCAGUUGUUGCGGAGCGGACGAUUGACACAACACUAUGUGAUUCACGCAUAUCUCACAAUUGAAUCGCAGCGUUUAUUGUUUCUAAGAAAUAAUCAGAAGCAAUUGCGUGUAGAAUGUUACAAAGGAAUGACUGAUCACAUAUUAAAUAGUGAAGCGAAUACGUCGGAUCGAACAAGACUUGGGAACCAAAUGAUUUUACCAUCAUCAUUUUCCGGCAGCAUGCGACAUAUGCAACAGCAGUACCAAGAUGCAAUGGCAAUAACAAGGAAAGUUGGACGACCGGAUUUAUUUAUUACAAUGACAUGUAAUCCUAAGUGGCCGGAAAUAUGUACGGUAUUGAAAGAUUUUCCUACAGGUACCACUGUGAAUGACAUUCCAACAAUAGCUUGUCGAAUAUUCAACAUGCGGCUACAACAGGCACUAAAGGAAAUCGAAAGCGGUUCAGUAUUUGGAAAGAUUGAAGGAUACGUAUACACAGUUGAAUUUCAGAAAAAAGGCUUACCGCAUGCUCACAUACUAUUUAUCUUAAAUAACAAUGACAAACUUUUGACUCCGGAAGCAAUUGACAGUUUUAUAUCUGCAGAAAUACCAGACAAACGAAUACAUCAACAACUAUAUCAAUCUGUCACAUCACACAUGCUACACGGCCCUCACACAUCCAAAAUACCAUGCUGGAAUUCGGUAACGAAGUCAUGCUCAAAGAAAUUUCCGAAAGACUUAGUGGAAAAUACUGAUAUAAGCGGUGGCGGUUUUCCAAAGUAUCGCAGACGAAAAAAUACAGACAUAAAUUAUUACCGCAACCGCGUGGAAGGAAGAAAUAUCCAAGUAGACAACAGCAUGGUUGUGCCUCACAAUCCAUACCUACUUGCAAAGUACGACUGCCACAUGAACGUAGAAUAUUGUGCGUCAAUAAUGGCUAUUAAAUAUGUCUUCAAGUACAUCCACAAGGGACAUGAUCGUGCAAGAGUACAGAUAACUGAUUCAAACAGCGAGAGUGAUGGUCAGCCAAUAAUCAACGAAAUACAGGAUUAUGUAGAUUCGCGUUACGUAGGACCGAUGGAAGCAGCUUGGCGUAUACUAGAACUGCCAAUGCAUGGACGAAGUCAUGCCGUCACACGCUUACCUGUACACCUACCUACCGGGGCAGCAAUACGCAACGUUUGA